AUGAUGUCUUUUGGAGCUUCUCAUCCAGAUGUGCAAAAUGGCACCGAUAUUGUUGGUGAGAGACAAAAUAUACAGCAUUCGGCUGGACAUCUUCGUACUGCUGGUAGUGUCGUUUAUAGAGACACCAUAUUGAUGCUAUUCCUUCACGUCGCCACACAGUACACAGUCUUGACCCGUUUCAACGAUUUGGAUGAUGAUUCAAAAGAAUCCUUCCUUCGUUUAACUCAAGCAGGGAACAUGAGUAUGGAUUAUCUUACAACCUAUCAACAGAAUCAAAUCGUGUUCCCAGCGCUUGCUGGAUGCGGAAGCGAAGGAUCCAUUCUGCCUACUCAUGGGUUACCUUUUGAUCAUGGCUGUAUUCCAAACGCUAUCUGCGUUAUUGAGUCCGACUUGCUGGAGAUCCGUCUUACUAAGGAUCUCGGUACGGACGAGAAAAUAUGCCUUUGCUAUUGCCCCAUGACUCUGCCAGUACUGGAACGUCGAUCAUUUAUGAGUCGAAUGUAUGGUAUUGAAAAUCACAGCUGUUCUGCCUGUCUGUUCGAAAUUCAAACCAUAGUCAACGGCAUUCAAAGACCAACAGUCGACUCUAGAAGAAGAGAUUUCUUUGACACAGUGAUAAGCUUCCAAAAUAAGAACUGGAAGUAUAUGGCAGAUGGAGAGGCCCAAUUGUGCGAGGAGGCCCGCGAGAUAAAUGAAAGAGGCUUGGGUAUGGGACUUGAUCCUUACUUGAGGGAUAUCUUCUCGAAAGCUGAACGAAAAGCUCGCGAAGCUAAGUUCGACUGCAAUAUCCUUAUGGCGAGAUAUUUACUUAAUAUAAUCGAUAUGCAAGCAGGUUUGUAA